AUGGCGGUCAUCGAACUUGCUCAUGUCCAGUUGAAGGAUGGCAUUACGGCAUCCGACCCAGAUUUAUUGAAGAAUCUGAAGGAGGUAAAACGGGUGAUCGAGGACUACAGUGGUCUACCGACAUUGUUCUUUGAACAAAUCGACGACCCCUCGGUGAUAUUCGUGGUUGGAGCCUGGCCCAGCAAAGAGAAACACGAGCACGGCUUCGAUGGAUCACCGCAGCAAGCCGUGAUUCUAGAUCUGAUCAAAGAUCAAAUGGGAAUUGAUUGGAUGCACUACAUGAACAUUGAUCAAAAGGAAUUACCAAUCCACGCACCUGUUCUGGCUCUGACGAAGGCCACGCUACCCAAGCAUGUUGAUCGCGCAGCAUUUGACCAAAGCAUGCAAAAGGCAACACACGGCAUCGAACCAGCGCAGCACGGUGCCAUUGGAGCGUGGAAUAUCCGCAAGGACAUACAUGAGCCGGACGUGAGAGUGCACUUCGGUGGUUGGGACUCGAUCGAGGAUGCAUCAGAGGGACUUGCGAAUGUUAUCGCAACGGCGGGUGGUGCUCUAAAUCCAGAACCAACCAACCUGUUCUUCUUCUUUACCAAGCAGAUCAAAUUGGCCUGA